ACUAUGCCCGGCACUACUCCUGGCACUACUCCUGGCACUACUCCUGGUACUACCCCAGAAACAACUCCAACAACGCCGGUGUACUCAACAGGCACUACUGCUCCGGAGACCACACCUCCUGAGACCAUUCCUGAGACCACUGUCCCGGAGACUCCCACUGUUCCUGUGACUACGCCGAUGACAACACCGGAAACAAGUCCAGUAACCACGCCGGAAACUCCAACAGUUCCUCCCACGACCUUGGUAACUUCGGGAACAUCCCCAACUGAAAGUUCCCCUGUCACAUACCCUACGACGGCUGUUUCCACUCCGACUACGACUCCGGAGAUGCCAACGUCCCCUCCAGCUACGCCAACUACAACCAUAGAGACAACUCCGGAAACAACUCCGGAAACGACUCCGGAAACAACCCCGGCGACAACCCCGGCAACAACUCCAGAGACGACUCCAGCAACGACCCCAGUGACGACUCCAGAGACAACUCCAGGGACACCGACUACGCCUACGGAGACGACUCCUAUGUCGACGACCCCAGAGACUACCCCGGAAACCCCCACGACUUCUAUGCCUCCGACAACGCCGAUAACAAGUUACCCCGGAACCACGACUAGCGAGACGGAAUCUACCGUCUACAGUUCUACGACGGAAACGGUUCCGGAAUGCUCGUCUGAAACGACGCCCUGUUCCGAGCACACUACCCCGGCUACUCCAACCUAUCCCACAACCACGUCCGCUAUCAGCACUACCACUCCGGAGACGCCUACCACGCCUCCGGUCACCGAGACUACUCCGCCGGUCGAGACGACUCCCACAACCUAUCCGGGCACGACUACCACGGAGGUUGAGACCACUACUACUACGAGUUCAUGCGAGACAAGUGAGACCACGACAAGCGAGUCUACCACCGAAGUUACUAGUGCAACGACCAGCGAAACCACUAGCGAGACUACCACUGAGGCUACAACUAGCGAAACAACUAGUGAGUCUACCACCAGCAUGUCUACCACGCCGACGUACCCCGGGACGACGACGACAGAAGUCGAGACCACGACGACCACGAGCUCGUGCGAGACAAGCGAAAGCUCAACUUCGGUUCCGUCGGUGACGACCGAGUAUCCAUCGGCUACUUCGUCGACCGGGACCGGAUACGGUACCACGUCAACCGAGGAAGCUUCGAGCACCAGCGCAACGGAAUUCGCGCCCCCUACAUCGAGUAUCCCUCCUCCCGGUCCCCCCGAGAUGACGCCACCCGCUCCCACGGAAUCCGAGUCCGGCGGUCCGCCAGCACCAACAUCUAGCUCCUCCGCGGGCGACGAUUGGUCGGGCGAGAAGGGUGACGAGCACGCCGGAUCAGAUUGGUCAAGCGAGAACAACCACAACGGCGACCACGCCGGCUCCGCCUGGUCGGGAGCAGGAGCGGCAGCAGGUGACCACGGGAGUUCCAGUUCGCAAAGCCCAUCCUGGAAAGCCAGCAAGAACCGGCGUCAAGCCCCCACCGACUCCUGUCCCGGCGACUUACCCGGGUCCUGGGAAGCGCCGGCGCUGAUCCUGCCCCUGGACGCGGCGAACCCGGGCACGGCCUUCGAGCCCACGACCCACGGCGAAGUAUCGUCAACAGUAUCCACUGUGUUCCGCUUCGACAUCCCGUCCGUCGACAGCGUCAAGAGCUGCCGUCUCGUGUUCCUGUUGCCGGACCGGCUGAACGGGACCGAGCCGGCGCUGAACCUGACGGGGACGGGCGAGCUGGCGUUCGCGCGGCUGGGCGGACGCGUGGACGAGGAGACCACGCUGGAUAACCUCGUCGAUGCCGUGUGGAGCUACAACCAGAUUACCGUCGAGGCGGACGGCGCGUACACGGUCGACACGUUUGCCUGCGCGGGAGGUGAGGACGUGGCUGUCGAGCUGGCUGGCGUGGUUGGCGGCGACACCGAGCUUAGCUUCCUUGAGGACUGGGCGGCGGGCGAGUGCCCUCUCGGGCUGUACUUGCUCACGUCCGAGGAGACGGAUUUGUAGAUGGUCUCGUAUACCUAUCUGAGUAGGUAACCCUAAUUGUAAGAAUGGAAAGAAAAAGAAGAAAUUGAUUGGAAGUGUUUCUGCAGAGUCCGGUUAGUAGCCUAUUAAUAACGAUGUCUACAUGUAUGUACGAGCAUACCUAUGAGGACAUGGAUGAGGCUUGACUUUGUAUUGAUGGGUUGAGGUGGUAAUAGGAAUAGUAAUACGUAGCCGUCCUUACCUAGUUAUAUGUUAUAUAUUUCUUUUGUCACCUAGCUUCUCUUCUAGGUAUCCUACCUAGUUCGAACCCGAACGGUGGUGACACUGUUGAUCUUUUAUUGCGAAAUUUCCUCCUCCAUUCAGAGACAAGACAAACUGAUGACGAUAGAUCACCUCCCCUUCCACCUCAACCUCCCCACCCAGUCAACCCACCUCUU